AUGCCCCGACUGCGCGCUUGCACGAUCCCGCUGCCGGGCCGCUUCAAGGCCCUCCCGCAGCCCGUGCUCCAGAUCAUUCUGCUGCUAGUAUCAGCGAACGCGGUCGCCUGGGUCGCCGUGGGCGUGGUGCUGCACUACCACCCCAAGAUGGUCGGCCCGGCCGUGCUAUCAUACACGCUGGGGCUGCGGCACGCGCUGGACGCCGACCACAUCAGCGCCAUCGACCUGAUGACGCGGCGGCUGAUCGCGGCCGGCCAGCGGCCCGUCACCGUCGGCACCUUCUUCAGUCUGGGCCACUCGACCAUCGUGAUCGUGACGUGCGUCGUCGUCGCCGCCACGUCGGGCGCCCUGCGCGACCGCUUCGACAACUUCAAGUACCUCGGCGGCAUCGUCGGCACCAGCGUCAGCGCCGCCUUCCUGAUCCUGCUGUGCCUCGGCAACGGCUGGGUCAUGUGCCGCCUCGUGCAGCGCCUGCGCGAGGUCCUGCGCGGGCCCGACCCGCACCACCCCGUUGAGGCCGAGCCCGACGGCGCCGACGACGAUGAUGGUGGAGACCAGGCCGUGAGCAACCUGCAGCUCGAGGGCGCCGGGUUCCUCGCGACCGUGUUCAGGAGGCUCUUUCGCAUCGUGGACCGGCCCUGGAAGAUGUACCCCCUGGGGGUCCUCUUCGGGCUCGGCUUCGACACAAGCUCCGAGAUAGCCAUCCUGGGCAUUGCGAGCAUCCAGGGGGCGCAGGGGACGAGCCUCUGGGUGAUUCUGAUAUUCCCCUUACUGUUCACAGCGGGCAUGUGUAUGCUCGACACCACGGACGGCGCGCUCAUGAUGUCGCUGUACACCUCCAAGGCCUUCGCGCGCGACACCGUGGCCAUCAUCUACUACUCGAUCGUGCUGACCGGCAUCACCGUGGUCGUGUCGGCCUUCAUAGGCAUCAUACAGAUCCUGUCACUGGUCCAGAAUGUCGCUGAGCCUCAGGGCAAGUUCUGGGACGGGCUCAGCGCCGUUGGAGAUCACUUCGACGUCAUCGGCGGGAGCAUUUGCGGCCUCUUCCUGGUGGUGGGCCUUGGGUCGGUGGUGGUCUACAAGCCGUGGAGGAGGAGGAUGGAGAGGCGUAGGGUUGAGCGGCUACCCUCUCAUGAUGCCGAGGUUGCCUUCAAUCAUGCAGGGAACUCGACUUGCUCAACCCCAGAUCACUCACACGCCGCCUAA